AAGCUUUAACAUUUUGAUGCCUGUAUAUAUAGACACAAAUCUUAUUAUUUUCAUUCAUUUACCAAUUUCAGCGUAUAAAUUCAGUAUCUCAGUAAUAAAUUAACAUGAAUUGUUCAUAUGCAACUCUUCCAUUAAUGGAUCCCACUGGAAAUGAUGACUUGUUUGAAAAUAAAGCUAUUGAUUUCGACUAUGAUGGUAAUAUUUAAGAAUGAUUUACUCUUCAGUGAUUGAUUUAUUUGUUUUAACGAAAUUAACAAAUGUCUACGAGCUUAAACUUUUACUUGUAACUUGAAUUAUUUAUAAUGAAUAUAAUUAUGUGCAUUUUAUGUUUUCAGAUUCUUCGUCAGGCUAUGAAUCUACAGACAUUUCUGAUGUGGAAUCAGUGAGUUCUUGGGGGUCACGUGACAGUCUUGACAGCAGAUCAUAUGACACCACCCACGAAGAAGUAAUGAACUUCAGUAGUACGCAUGCGCUUUCCGAGCACCUAAAAUUAAUUCUGGCAAUGCCUGAAAUGUGUGACGUCACGUUUAUAGUUGGACCACGUGAAGUGCCCGUACAUGGUGUUCGUGCCAUCAUGGGUACACGGAGUAGAAUCAUGUAUCAACUGAUUUUGAAACACAUGUCCAUGGAAGCAGCUGAUCAAGAAAAAAACUUUAAAAAGAACAAGAAAAGUAAGAAAAAUGCAACAGUUGGAAUUGGUCGGUCAUUAUCACAGAGACUUAUUAUCCCUGUCAAGAAAUACGAUUCUGAAGUGUUCCGAAUGUUGGUACAGUUUAUUCACUGCGGAAGUGUGAAUAUCACUGAGGAAACCGUUGCUGGUUUGUAUUGUGCUGCCUCCCAGUUUGAGCUUCGAGAUCUAUGCAAUGCGUGUUUAGAUUUUGUCGAACGAUGUAUUAAGGUCGGAAGAGCUGAGAAACUUCUCUUUUCUACAAGAUGUUACAGUUUGUUUUGUGCUGUCUCCCAGUUUGAGCUUCGAGAUCUAUGCAAUGCAUGUUUAGAUUUUGUCGAACGAUGUAUAAAGGUCGGAAAAGCUGAGAAACUUCUCUUUUCUACAAUAUGUUACAGUCAGCACAAAGCUACAAAAAUACUUUUUGAUAAGAUAUAUUCCGUGUUGGACAGACGAUGCAUUGCCAGACUUGAGGAGACACAUGUAUAA